CCUAGUCGGGGCUACUCACUCUCUCCUUUUUCGCGCUAUUAUUAUUGUUCUUGUCUGAUUCACUUCUUUCUUCUUCAUUGAGAGAAAAGUGUUUGCCGCACGUUCAGCACACCAAGUUAAAGCUACUUGAACCUGAAGUUUAAAGCUCGUGUGGGAGGACCAAAAUGCCAGGCGAAUCAAGUUUUUCCCACCUCGACGACCUAUGUGACAUUUGUGGUCAUGUUGGUUAUCAGGAACUGCUUGUAACUUGCUCCAAAUGUUGUUGCGCUCAUGAGCAUGUUUAUUGCAUGAGGAUUUGCACUCACGAGGUGCCACAAAUUUGGGUUUGUGAAGCAUGCCUAUUAAGCAAUGACAAGCUUUCACCAAAAUCUGGAUCUACCAGUGACACAUGCAAUGAUUCACAGUUCCAGGUCCAUUCCAAGAAGCUAAAAUCUGUUGAAGCCGGCAAGGUCAAGUUCCUAACUGCAGAAGAAGCUAUUAGGCUAUCAUCAGGAUCCCAGAAGAUGGGAUCUCCUCAAAGAACUAACUUCAGAUUAAAAUGCGGUUUAUUAAAUGCUGCCGUACCUAGGAGCAGAAAAACUCCAAUUCCAUCCAAAAUUGCCACUCAAGUCUUCUCCUGUUUGCCAGAAACUAUUAAUCCUAGUGUUAUAUCCUCACAACUUUUAAAUUUUUCUCCACAGGGUGGUGCACAAAUUAAUUCCAUGAUAAAUGAUCAGACAGCAAAAAUGUCAAAACAAUCGAAAGGCAAAGCUACUCAUGUUGUUGCUGAAUCUAAGAAUUUUGCUGUUGAAGAAAGAGAAUUAGAGAAUUUGCUACUUAAAUAUGAACAGCAUCGUCGAUAUCUCCCCGCUUUAAAAGCAACUUGGAGUGGAGGCUUCAAAUUUUUUGAUUUCGCUACUCCCGGUGAAUUUUAUGGUGGUAUCCAGGCUCAAACUCCAUGCAGAGUUCAUCCUAAUGCCCUGAAGUUUGCACAGAAAAUGCCUACAAGCCUUCAAGUUGCACUGCUGCCUCGAUGCCAGCUUUGGGCUGAAUUAUUUGGACAAGAUCGUCCUGAUUAUUGUGACAUCUCACUGUAUUUUUUCCCUGCUGUUAAUAUUGAAAGAUCACAGCAGAAUAUUUUUUGCCUCUCAGAGCUGUUGGAGAUCAAUGAUUCAUUGAUGAGAAGUUACAUUGAUGGUCUGGAGUUGUUGAUAUUUUCAUCUAAGCAACUGCAUGAAGACUCUCAGAGAGUUAUUGCAAGUAAAAAAUCAGAAUACUUCUUAUGGGGAAUCUUUCGCCAUGUAAAGUCUGAUCAAAUUCUUCACAAGAGGGAUGAAGAACUCCCUUCAUUAGUUUCUUCUGAGGAAUGUGCCUUUGAUGAUGCCAAAACAGAUAACUUUGAGACUGUUGAUAUGGACAUUGACAUGGAAGGUGGAAGGAAUGUGGGGACUGUUGAUUUGGUUGUUUCAAAAUAUUUAUCAUGGAGUACAGGUGGAAUUAAUGGCAAAGGAGAUGUGGAUUCUGCUGCUGAGAAGAUGUUAUUGGAACAGAAGCAUAACCUUUUCGAUUCCUCUUUCAAAUUUGCAGAAAAAAUUCAGUGUUCCCGAGGAAAGUUAGCAAAUGCUAAAGAUGACAUUCGUGUUCCUCCAGGUUUCAAAGAGAAAUUUAAAGAUGACAUUGAUGUUCCUCCAGGCUUCAAAGAGAAAUCAAAACUGAAUUAUAAUAUAAAAAAGAACAGACCAGGACAGGUUGAUGGUGGAGUAUUGAAUCAGAUGGAAUCUAUUGAUCAAAAGAGGAUAUUGGGUGGAGAUUUUGAAGCUUUUAGUUCCCAACCUCAGAGAUAUUCUAAAGAUAACCACUCAACGGUAUCUCACAAACAUCAUCUGGAAACUGCGGCUGACAAGACAUAUGAACCUUUUGCUGCUUAUUGGAGUGCAUCAAAAGCUAUAGUUGAACGGAUUGAUUGUGAAAAUCUUGGUCGAACAAGGAAGAAGGAACUAGUGGUUAUGCCAUUUAGUAAUAAGCAUGCAAAUUCAGUCAGUGAAGGGCAUGGAAAAGAUAGAAAUAAGUGCUGGGAACCUUACCUUGUGGAGGUCAAAACUGAAAGCAAGAUGGACGUGCUAGUACGCUGGAGUCCUCCCCCAAAAGAUUGGGUGAAAUUAAAUAUUGAAGGUAGUUCAAGAGGGUAUCUGGGUCGUGCAGGAGCAGCUGGAAUUGUGCGCAAUGAAUCUGGCAAGUGGCUUCUGGGUUACACCGAAACCCUAGGGUAUUGCAGUAGUUUGGCAGCAGAGUUGAAUGCUCUUUAUAAGGGUUUAAAGCUUGUUUGGGAAGAAGGGUUUAGAAAAAUUCUGGUGGAAUCUGCCUCCAUUGAGGCAGUAAAAUGUUUGGAGCGAGCUCCUGCUUCUUUGGGUCCCAAUGGAGACCUCAUAGAAUCCUGCAGAGAUCUGCUCAAGCGCAAUUGGCAAUGCAGAGUGAAACUCACUCAGAGAGAAGCAAACUUGUGUGCUAAUUGGUUAGCAGCUCACGCAGAAGAUCAACCAUUAGGGACAGUAGCGAUUUUCAAGAACCCUCCUUGGAAGCUGAUUCCCAUUUUUCAGAAUGAUUGUACAGGGAUUACUCAGGCUCAUGUUAGCUAGUCAUGACCACGCCACACCUUACAAUUUACAGAUGAAGACAUGAACUGAACAGAAUAGACAACUCUAUUGAAGAAACUGCUCAUCUAUCCGACUGCAAAGCCUUUGGGUAUGUUAGUAGAAUUUUUGCACAUUAACACUAAGCUUACCACUUUACAACACAAGUAUAGUAUUCAUGGGAAUCCAACACUUGCAUUGUUCAUAUGGUCAAGUGAAACUACAUUCUGUAAGACCACGUUUCUCCCUUGCUGGGUUUACAGUAAAAUUGCUGCUAUUUGUGUCUAUCUGUGAUACAAAUCUUGUUAAUAUCCAGUGCUAAAUGUUGCAUUUGACAUAUUAACAGCCUUUGUUUAUAUAAUUGAAUUAACAAUUUUAGAUAUAAUAUUGAAUAUUCAUCACUUAUCC